CAAACAAAAACAAAAGGGGAGAAACCCUCAACACCCGUCCGUCCCGUCUCGUUCUGCGCCGUCUCGCCGGUCUCCAUCUCCAUCACCGGAGAACAGCGAUGUCGGCGACCUACUGCUUCCGCCGCAUACUUUUGCCUUUCACUCCUCGCGCCCAGUCAAUCUCCCCAUCUCCUCGGCCUCGGCAAUAGUAUCCUCGCGAGUUCGCCCGCCGGCGCCAAUCUCCAUCCCGCGAGCAGCCGUGCCGGCGUCCUGCUGCUUCCGCCCCCGGUUUCCCCCAAAAAGAAAUAUAUUUGGUGCCCCUGGCAUCCGGUAGAUCGGCAUGCCAGCGGCCUUGGUGGCGUGCAGCGGCAAGCGCCGGCGGCGGACGGCCACCACUCAUGCUGCUCGGGACUCAUCGUCGUGGGCUUCUCUGGCGGAGGAUCUGGUGAGCCUGAUAGGCUGGCGGGUGCUGGCUGGAGAUGUGCGAGACUACAUCUGCUUCCGCGCCGCGUGCCACCACUGGCGCUCCUGCACCGCCAGCCCGUGCGGCCGCGGCGUUGUGGACCCACGCUUCCACCCGCGGCGGUGGAUGAUGCUCCCUGAGGGGAACGGUCUCUACCCGGGCCACGGCAUGCUGCGUGGCUUCGUUCGCUUCUUCAACCUCUCCACCGGCGCUUUCGUCCGUCUCAAGCUGCCCAUCGUCCGCGACCACCGCAUCCUUGACUCCGUCGACGGAAUCCUCCUCCUGCAGCGGAACCGUGACACCGCGGUCCGUCUUCUCCACCCCUUCACCGGCGACAUCGUCGACUUCCCGCCGCUGGACACCUUGCUGCCGUACAUGGGCCGCCGGUCGGAGGAAUAUCUCAGAGAUGUCGCUGCUGCCUCCAUAACAUCAUCAGCUGAUGAUCAAGCCGUCUUGCUUAUGAUAUGGUUAUUCCGCACGGUGCGCGUAGCCUUCGCCGCCUCUGGGGAUAAGCAGUGGAGGGUGUCGAGCUGGUCCAUGUACCAAGCCUAUACUCCAUUGCCAUUCCAAGGCAAGCUAUACAUAUUGGAUCAAGCCACGGCUUAUGGUGGACCUGAGGUCUUGCAGAUAGACCCACCCCUGCAACUGCAACUGGAAGGGACGACGGAGCUCUCGCUACCACCACCAAAAUCAAUUGCUAAAUGUCCAGCAAGGACACCUGACUCAUUCUUUCUCUACCAUUUGGUAGAAUGUGACUCUGACAUUCUGUUGGUCACCUUUGGUGUUAGUGUGUAUGCACAAAUUUCAGUUUACAGACUAGCUGAUCUUAUUUCGGGAACAACUGUCCCGGUGACUUGCAUCGGCAGCAAUUCCCUUUUCCUUGGUAAUAGGAAUCUCUGUGUCAGCUCCAAGGCGUUUCCUACCAUUGUGGGUGAUGCCAUUGUGUUUUACCAUCAGAAGGAGAAUUAUCUUGCACAAUACCACCUCAGAAGCGGCACAUUGUCACCCACAUCAGAUGGAUGUAUCUUUGCGACUAAUAUGCCAAGUCCUAGUAGCAUCAUUCACCAUAUCUACACCUGUUGCUUUCGUACACAAUGGACCAAGGGACAUUUAUUGUUUCAAAGGGAGAACAGGGCAUGGCAGAUGAAACGGAAGUAGGGAUAGACGGGGCGUAAACAACUCUUGUUUUGUGUUGGUGGUGGUGCCUGCCUGCCUGGUUUUCCUUCAGGGAUAUAUUUGUUGAUCUACAGGGGAAGUAGUUCCCGGGGGCUGUGAAAGUUUUGCUUUGGUACUUAUAAUCAUGUUACUAUUUAUGUGACAAAGAUGCUUCCCUCUGUUGUUGAAUCAGGCAACUGUUUCAUGUUGAAACAACUAAAUUAAUUAUUGUAAUUGGCAUGGUAUUUUCCAAUGGAGUUAUGUAACCCUGGCUUGUAAAGUUCUUGUGACAAUUGAUCAAACUUCCAUCAUCAUAGUAGAAUUCUAAUAUAUCCUUAUGAGCUAGUCAAACUUAGCUAUCAUGAGCAUAA